AUGAAUGCUCGCGAAGCACAAGAUCAGUUUGAACGUGGUAUAGAUGCUGAAGCUUUUGAUAGACUUGAACUUAUUUCAAAAACUAUUACUGUUUUAAAAGAUUUUAAAUCGAGUGUUGCUGCUUUGCAACAACAUGUUACACCGCAACAAUCCUCCUCCUCAUCACCAUCAUCACUUGCGCCAAAUAUUUCAGAGCCAAAAUCUACUACUAAGAGAGAUUCAUCAUCUAAAUAUGAAACUUCACGAAAAUCCAUAAAAACUAAUGUUGAGGAUACCCCUACGAUCACCAGUGAAGUAUAUUCUGUAAAUCAACAAUCAUCCAUUUACACACAAUCUGGUGUUCCGCUUCAAAAUACUCCUAGAACGCAUUCACAUGCCCAAUUGGAUCCAAAUUUAAUAAAAAGCUUAGACGAGAUCUUUGUCACAUUUUUACAAAAUAUUUGCUCAAAUUUGGAUGCCAGAGAUUCCAAAGGAGAACCAAUGUAA